AUGGGAAGCGGGGAGGGAGGAUGCGGAGGAGGAAAAGGAUGCGGAAAAGCGAAAUGCGGAACAGAUAGAAAAGGAAAUAAGAGAGAGGGAGAGAGAAAGGAAACGAGGGUGGGAUGGUGUGCGUGGGAGGGUUGGGAGCGAUGGGAUGCGUGGGAGGAAGGAAAGCUAGGUAGAGAGAUGCGGAAAGGAGGCGGAAUCAGGGGUGGGAUAAGC